UAUAUAAGUUUUUCAUUUUUCUUGAGCAAUCCUUUGAAUACUGAUGUUUGUUUUGAAUCAACUAUUGAAUAUUUCAGUAUCAUCAGCAGCAAAUUCAGCAGCACCAAUUCAAGGCAGCAGGGCUUCAGCAGCACCAUGCCCAAGCAGCAGUACUUCAGAUAGAGAGCCCCUUGUUUGUGACAAGUCUUCAAAACCUCAAAAUGAACUAGUCAACCAUUUCACAAAAAUGCCACAGAAAAGUCUUAAAGAGCUACAAAUGGAGUUCUACACAGUCUCUAUACAAAAUGAGAGGGAAAAGUUCAAACUCAUACAAGAACAGACAGCCUUAUGCAGAGAACUUAGAGAGAACAUUCCGAAGUUGUCCUUAGUCUUGGAUACAUUGUGUACAAAAAAAGAUGAAGAGUGACUUUUAUAUUGAC